GUCUAUUUUACCUUUGUGUUCAUACAUUCCGAUCUAAAGGAGGACCCUGCACCACGAACCAAACCCGUUAGUAGACCCCCUACACCGCAGUUGGAUGUGCAGGCGGAUUGCAGACGACCGGGCAUGAAACGAUGAUUAUGGAGGAGUUUCUGGCUGCUCAUAUCAUUGAUGGAUCGGUACACAAAGGAAACCAGGUGCUGCCUUAUUUCUUUCCAGACGAGCAAGUGUCUGGCUCCGACCUUGCAUUUGUCGUUCGAUUUAUUGGCGCGGCUCAGAAUGAGAAGGAUAUCAGAAUACCAGUUUUCGUCCAGUUGAAACUUCGCACCAAAAUGCGCUGCUCCGACGCAGAGAAGGCUCGCGAAACAGUCCAGCCAACAAAAAGCAACGGGCACGGUAUCGAUACUAAGCAAUACUGCAAGCCGCACAAGCACUUCAUCAGUCUCAUCGUGUCUUAUCCCGCCGAGAUCGCCGAAUAUUUCCAGAGCGAGCCCAUGAAGAUGAAACACUGCGAAGAUGUUACAGAAAUUGCACUGGCGAUUGACAACAGCAAUAUUCACGAUCUCUUUUCAAUGGAGUAUAUCACUGUACUGGAUCGAGUCAAACGACUCAUAGAUGAGAUGGAUGAAGGACUGGAGCAGACAGAGAACAAGGCGCUAAAUGUUCGUCAUUCUCUCUUGCAAAAAUAAGAGCUAUGCAUGGCUUAUGCGAUCUCGCAACGACCAUAACCACUGGACACAUUAUGGCACAUAUGAAUGGACUCGUACUGCACCCAAAGCGCGGAAAGAUGCAUGCGAAAUAGCA